CAACGCUGUCGUUGUGUGCCGUAUUGCUUUGCUUACUUGUUUUUGCGUUUACCGCGCUCGGAAUAUUUGCCUUCGUCUUUUAAUUUUACUGUGCUUUCUAUAAUAAUAACGACACUGAACCAUACAAUGCAACAACAAGAUAUUGAAAAGAUAUACUUUGUACCUUUCAAAGCUGUGCAAAAAGUUACAAAAUUCAUUAGAAACUCAACUAAAUGGGAGAAGGAAGCAUGUCACCGCAGCCUUCUGAAUCUCCAGGAUGCACACAAUAAUUUCCACAAACACGAGCCAGGCUCUACAUUGUUUAUGAAAAAUGUUUUUUUCCAAUGUGCGAGGUCUGCCAUUUAUUCUCAUAAUUGGGAUAAGCUCUUAUAUAUCCUUACAAAGAGUACCAUUAGGGAUAAUAGAAGAUGUAUGUAUAGUGAAGAAACUAAUUCUGAAAGGCUAAAAUUUUAUUUGAAGGCCUUAACAAUAUUGUUGAUGAACCACCCGUAUGCCAGAACCCACGGUCUGCUGGAUGAUUACAUGCACAUGGUACUGUCGUGCCGCACACAGGAGAGUAGGCAGGCCAUCAUGAAGGUGCUUGUGACAUUGACGGACACACUCUAUUCUAAAGUUUUGGCGAAUAGGAAAAAGAGAUUGGAGAGAGAUUUGGAUGGACUGGUUGAACUUAUUUAAAAAUAUUACCAGUGUUGUUUGUGAUAUUUUUCCAGCAAAGGGUAUCAUUUAAUUUUUAUGCUGUGACAGGAACAGUCCAGAUUGAGAUAUGGAAUGAUGGGUAUGUUCUGUGUAUGUUCAAGCGAAAUAAAUAAAUGAAAUUUAAUUGAAUUAACUGUUUGACUGGAGGCAGUGGAAAGUUGUUACAAAAUACACAGCUGACAUGAACAACAAGAUAGAAUAUCAGUAUCAGUUCUUCAAGAAGCGGGUAUUUAGGGUUCUCAAGGGUCGGCAAUGCUUAAGUG